GCUGAAGGUUUUAUCAAAGCAGCUCAGCAACAGCUCUGACACAAUAAACAUGUUCCAGGGUCCCCCCCAGGGUCACCUGUCUGGUUCAGGGUUGUCAAACCUAGUGGCGUCCAGAGGUGACAAUACUGCACAGGAUAUCAAAGGGUUAACCAAUGUUCCUGCCCUGAGGUGACCCUCUCAGGCAGUGCUUACUCCAUAGAUAGUGAAAGCUUCACUGACAAGAUAGAGGACUCAAGCCAAAACCAAUAGAAAUUGCUGCCUGAAAACGCAAGGAAUUGUUUUGGGCAGGUUUCGUUGCUGGGAAAAGCGGAAAAGUGGAGACAUUGUGACUGAGCGUGGAUGGCUCAAGGACACAUAUUAGGAUUUAUGCCAGCAAGACAAGGUCACAGUAUGUGGUAUACGUGGUAUAACUUAUGCUAAUGAUGGGAUGCACACAGCCUAAGUGCACAUUACCAGCAGACCAUCAGAUCACAUUUUGCAUGCACGACACACAAGCGUGAAAACAGCCACACCUCCAAAAACAUAACUUCAUUUCAGUACACCAAUAUAACCAAUAUAGUGAGUGUUUAUGCAUCAUCAGACCAUCAAGAGUUUAAUAAGCUCUUAUAAGAGAUACUAGUUCAUAUCUAUGUACCAGAUAAUUACAGUUGAAGGAUAGCCUAACAAUCUUGGCAAUCUAUUUUUGUUAUUGUCAACAAAUAUCAUGAACAACACAAACACAAUGCAUUAGUCUCUGUUUAUGCUUUCGUAGUUCCCCUUCCUGUCUGUAGCUCUCAGCCCAAAGCCCAUUUGUUCCUACUGAAGAUGAAAAUCUUUUUUAAAAUUUCUCCAUUUUUAAAAACAUCUCAGUAAAACAGCAGGAUGACUGUAGUUUUUAGCAAACGUUACACAAACAUGAAUAAUUUCUGCAUUUGUUUGUGAAUAUUUUCAACAGCAGAACAAUGUACGCAGGACUGACUAAAAAUAAACUACUGUGUGCGUUCACAGUAGCGAGGACACAUGUGACCCAAAGGUGGGGUUCAAUUAUGUGUUUUUAAUGGUUGUUGGACAAUAAGGUAGCUCUAUAGCAGAGAGGGAAAACUAUAUCAGGCUGUGGCUACAUAGACAACACUUGUUAGUGGGAUCAAAUUUUUGUUGGUUUUAGUCUGCGUAUGGAAUUUACUGACAAUAAGAAAAAUUGUCCUUUAAGGUUGGAGCUAUAGUUGGAUUGUAGGUCUGCCAAUCCUAUUGAAGUAACCAGGAUUUAUAUAUAGCCUGAGAGGUUGAACUUAGGGCAGCAGUCCCUCUUUCUAUCCACACUUACAGGACCUGUGCUGUCAUCGGUUACAACAAUGACUCUGACUAUAAACACCACAGAACCAGUCUUGUCACUUACAUGAAUUUCUGGUUUUCUGUUGCCAGAUAAUCACACGGUGCCUCUUUAAACUUUGGUUACUAAUUAAUGUGAUUAUUCACAUUCACCCAGUGUUGGAGGGUGGACGCAAAACAGCGUGUCUUCUAGGAAACUGUAACAUCCAGUAACAUCCAUAGACAUCCCAGAUAAGUUUUGAAAUGCUUCUGAAGUGGUACUUUCAACAGCCCCUUCAAAACCAGCAUCAGAAAACCCAGCCUACAUCACAACAUCCAUUAACUGGCUAGAGCUGGCUGCUAGCACCAUGAAGGCAAUUAGCACAGGGUUAUCAUGUGGUCAUUCAUUUGUUGCUCUUAAAAUAAAAAGAUAUGUGACAACUGGACAAUGGAACAAGUCAAAGAUGUUGUACGUACUGUCAGACCAGCUAACAAGAAAUAGUGACAGCGUCAGUCUUGAGAAAGGAUAAGAGAAAACAGAGGUGGACAGUCUUCCAGAGAGGGAAGGCAUCCUGACUGAAUGCUCCAUAUCUUUGUCUCUCUUUCUCUCUGUAUACACAACAUCUACCCCACAUGACAGCAGAGUUCUGUGUGUUUCAGAGGCUAUUUUGUAAACACUAAGGAUCAUAACUUAAAGUGAGCUUCACUUACUUUCUCAUCCAGAGAUAACAAACAUGGAGCGAACAAGUAGCAUUAGGAGGAAAGCCAUGGCGAGACAACAUAAGGCUGAAGUCAUGAUUGCUGGAGAACAACUCAGGUUGAGACUUCACGAUGGCAAACUGAUUAAGGACCGACGUUACCACCUGCGCACGUAUCCCAACUGUUUUGUAGCACAGGAGCUUAUAGGCUGGCUUGUGAGCCAUAAGGAAGCUCCAGAUCGAGCAACAGCUGUCAGUCUCAUGCAGCACCUCAUGGAUAAUGACAUUGUUCAUCACGUCUGUGAUAAGAGGCCAGUAUUCAAGGAUGCUAAACUGCUGUACCGUUUCCGCAAGGAUGAUGGCACAUUUCCCUUCAAUACAGAGGUGAAAAUCUUCAUGAGAGGACAACGGCUAUAUGAACAUCUCAUAGGGGAAAAGAACUCCAUUCUGCAGCUGAGAGAGGAGCACGGUGUUGCAUAUCAGCGUUCCUUUCCCGGCUACCAGCUGAUUGACUGGCUCCUUCAGAAUGGAGAGGCAGAGAGCCGUCGUCGGGGACUGGAGCUGUGCCGUGCAUUGCAGGAGCAUGGCAUCAUUCAGCAUGUGGGAAAGAAGCAUGAUUUCUUUGACAGCGGGCUACUCUAUCAGUUCUGCAUCAAUUUUCGCCGCAGACGCCGCCUAUCUGAACUGUUGAAUGAAAGUGAGCAAGACGCUGAUGAAGGUAAUGAAGGUGUGGCAGUGUCGACACAUGAAGACAACCAUCCUGACAGUCCAUUUGGUCUGCGCAAAUGCCCACCCCAGGAGGGCAACAGUGCUUUCCAGUCUGUGGGGUUAGGUAAAGACCUGAAACAGGUUACAAGUGGGCGUCGAGGCAGCUUGAACUCACUUCAGCUUCACACUGCUGGAUUUGCACCUCUUGUCCAGCUGUCUUCAACCUCAGUGGUGAGAUGCAAUCCCAAAUCAGUUCUUAGAAGAAAUUUUACAUGUGAAGAGUUAUUGGCACCUGGUGCACCCUUCAUUAAGAGAGUACUGACAGUGUUAGGAGAUGCUCUGGGCUGGGGCUUUGUCGUCCGAGGCAGGGCUCCCUGUUAUGUGCAGGCUGUUGACCCUGGAAGCCCUGCAGCAGCUGCUGGAGUUAAGGUGCGGCAGUUUGUGUGCCAGGUGAAUGCACAGUGUGUUCUCUACCUGGACUACAGGACCAUCUCCAGACUGGUGAUGACAGGACCUCGAACUGUUGUACUGGAAGUGAUGGAACCACUGGAAUGACUUGCUUUGGACACAACCACAUCU